AUGUCCGAAAGAAAUCAACAGAAUGAUAAUCGGAAAUCGGUGAUUAAUCGAAUUCUCCAUCACUGUCUUGGGAUGCUGGAAAAUGUUGAAAAGGCAUUAGGGCCACGAAGAACUGAUGAAAAUGUCACUGAAAUGGAAGAAGGCGACGAAGUUGUGACAGUAAAUGAUGAAAAUUUUGAAAUGGAAAAUCAAGAACUCUCAAAAGAUUCAGAAGUAGAAGUCAACGAAGCGUUUGACAGAAAACAAUUAGAUGACUCGGAUGAAUAUAUGGAAAGUCGGGAAAAUAUUUCAAUGACUGACAAAGAAGCUUCUGAAGAUGAAGGAACAUUUGAUGCUAUCAAUUCCAGAGAUAAUAACGUCGCAACGACGUCUUCAAAUUGUUUACGUGAAUUUCAUUCGUCACCAAGGACUUCAACAAGACCUUGCAUCAUUCAAAUAUUCCCGAAUCGUGAUGAAGUCUUUGACAUUGCAAACCUUUCGGAAAGAAACAUAAAUUCCAAAUCUGAGUUUGUCCAUCAGGAUUCACUUUCUAUGAUCAACAAAACUUCGACUUCUACACGUCAAUCAGCGCCCAUAUCGGAAGCCAAAGUAAAACAAAAAGUAAAGUUUCAUGAAAAAAAAACAGAAGAAGCAAAAGGAAAAAGUAAUUUGAAGAAAACUGCUAAAAAAGUGAAAAGAAAAUUAACAGGAAAACCUAAAAGGAAAUCAAGCGCUUGGUCACGUGGAGUUAUUAAACAGAAGCCGAGAAAAAAGCCAUCACAACGUGAAUAA